UUCCGCGCUCACGCGGUCUAGGGGGCCCCGCCGACCUCGCCGCGGCCUUCGGAGCCCGAAGCCGCCGCCAUGUGGCUCCUCCUCCGCAGCGGAUUGCGGGCCCGGGGCGGGGCCGGGGGCCGGCGGGCCCUGUCCGCCCUGGCCGGGGAGCUCGGCCCGGCGCCGCCCCGGGGAGGUGAGCCCCGACUCCUCCCCCUCGCCGGCGCUCUCCCCUCGGACUCUUCCUCCCCCCCGGCCGGUCCCAUCCUGCGGUCGUGCGGCCUCCCGGUCCCCGCCCACCGCACCCCGGUGCAGGCCUGGCUGGAGUCGUUGCGAAAACCCAGGGACGAGCGACUGGGCCUCGUCGACCUUCACCCGGACGUGUUCGCCGUGGCUCCCAGGCUGGACAUUUUACACCAGGUGGUCACGUGGCAGAGGAAUUUCAAGAGAAUCAGCUACGCCAAAACCAAGACGCGGGCAGAAGUGCGGGGUGGUGGCAGGAAGCCCUGGCCGCAGAAGGGCAGCGGCCGGGCCCGUCACGGCAGCAUCCGCUCGCCUUUGUGGCGUGGAGGUGGCGUGGCCCACGGUCCCCGGGGUCCUACUAGUUAUUACUACAUGUUGCCUAUGAAAACCCGCGUCCUCGGCCUCAAGGUGGCGCUGACAACCAAGCUGGCCCAGGACAACCUUCAUAUUGUAGACUCUUUGGAGCUGCCAACAUCAGACCCUCAGUACCUGAUAGACUUGGUCCAAUACCGACACUGGGGUGACUCGGUGCUCAUCGUGGACGUGGAGGAGCAGAUGCCCCAGAAUAUUGUCUCUGCAGUCUCCAGCCUGAAGAAGAUCAACCUGAUGCAUGUCCUUGGAGCUCAGGAGGAUCUGCCUAGCGUUCAGAUUGACCCAAAGGAUUCCGUGGUCAGAGUUGGGACCAGCCUGAACAUCAGCUGCACCUCCAACUGUCGCUCCUCAGACGGGAACCUAGGGCUGGAGACAUCUAUGUCAAAGUGGAAGCUGAAGGAGCAGUUCCAGCCAGGGAAUCUCUUGAAGGUCUUCAAUGUGACUCCUGAACUUUCAGGCCCGGUACACUGCUGGGCUAACUGCAAUUCGACCCAGAUCUUGGAGACGAUGGAGAUCACCGUGUAUGACCCCCCAGAGCAAGUGGAGCUGAUGCCACCGCCAGCCUGGGUGCCCGUUGGCGAGAACUAUACUGUGGACUGCCAGGUCCUGAACGUAAUGCCUCUGGAGAACCUCACAAUGGCACUACUCCAGGGCACCCAGAGAGUGGGGCUCAAGGACUUCCCGGGAAAGCUAACUGGCCUCCAAAACGCCACGGCCACGUUCCCGUUGCUGGCUCGCAGGGAAGACCAUGGGACCAAUGUGUCCUGCCAGGCCGAACUGGACCUGCAGAGGCUUGGGCUGGACCUCUUCCAGGGUCGUUCGGCUUCUGUGCAGCUUCACACCUUCCAAUUCAAGAGACUCCCAUGGUUCAACUCCUCUGCACUAAGUGACUCCUGGGUCUUGGAGGUCGGGGCUGCGACCUCUGUGAGCUGUGAGGCUGAAGUGUUCCCGGCCUGGGAGGCCCAGGUCCACUUGUCCCUGGGGGGCCGGGAGCUGAGUCCCACAGUCACCUGGGAUGGAGACCGGCUCACGGCCAACGCCAUGGUUCGGGCUGAGGAGGGACUUGAACACAAGCAGGAACUGGACCUGAACUGCACCGUAGCCGUGGGGGAAGAGAACCGAACGGCCUACAAGACCUUGACCGUCUACAAGUUCCUCCCUCCCAUCCUGACCCUCAGCGAGGAAAGCCCCCUGGAGACGACUCCUGUGAAUGUGACCUGUAGGCCAUCUCAACUUGACACCUCAGUGAAACUGGAGGGACAAACAGAGAUGCCCCCUGGAGAGCCUGCCCAUCUCCAGCUGAUCGCCAGGGAGGAGGACGAUGGGCGUGUGCUGUCCUGUGAGGCCACCAUGUCAGUGGAAUCUGUGCGGCUCGUCAAACACCAGACCGUCCAGCUCCAUGUCCUCUAUGGACCACGGAUGAAUGCCUCGGACUGCCCGGGGAACUUGACGUGGCCCGAGGGGACGGAGCAGGUUCUACAUUGCCGGGCCUGGGGAAACCCAACCCCGACUGUGCAGUGUAUCCAUACUGAGAUCAAGAGCACGUUCUUCCCCGGGACCUUGCUGCAGGUCACCCGAGCCCACGCCGGCACCUACCGCUGCACAGCCAGAAGUGAACUGGGCACCGAGGCCAGGGACGUGAUUGUGAAUGUGGAAUUCCAUGAGCAGAACGUGACCCUCAUCACUACCUUGGUCCUGACGUUUGCGUUGAUGACAGCUGGACUGGGGAUCGCUGGCUACCUGUACUACCGACAGCAGCACAUCCGCCAGUAUAAGCUAAGGAAGGCACAGGAGCAGGCGGCCUUGAUGAGAUCUACACCUCAGGGACUCAGGCCCUGAGCCCCUGGACUCAGCCAAAGAGUAAUCCAGGGGCAGGACUAUGGGUGGGGAUGGGGUUGGUGUUGGGGAAGGGGAGUAGGUGGCCAGAUUCUUCACCAGUACAGGUCCAUCUCCUAGGUGGGUGUAUACCCUCCCCUCCCUGCCCCCAUGGUCCUGAGACGAUGGACCAGACUGGCAGGUGGUUGGGGAGGGGGCCGGCUGCUCUUUCAGCAGCUACCAAACAGAAGGUGGAGGUGACAUGAUUGGAUGGGGUCAUUUUCCCACCCCCGAGGUCAGACCAGCAGGAGAAAACAGCAACUCUGGGACCAUGGGGGCUUUCAACAGCCCCAGAUCCAGGGGUUCCAGAACCAGAUCCUCACAUCACGCUAGACUGGAUGGUCCAAGGAGCUGGGAGCAGGGGACUGGGAACCAGCCAGGUCAGGUCAGGGGGAAUGAGCACUGACCCAAAGGACUUAAUGAGUUUGGGGAGCUGCAAGUGCAGACAUGGACACAUGAUCAUGCAGGGACACAAUAGUACACCGGGGGACAUCCUGAUACUCCACAGGCACGCACACACACACACACACACACACACACACACACACACACACAAAUCAUCAUGACACCCACCCUGGCAUAGACUGACACAACACACAUAGCAACACAGUAACGUAGACGAAACCAGCGACACACCGAUCUGGGGUAGAGGAGCUGCUCCCUAUUUCAGGUUGAGAACUGUAGGCCCCAACAUGGUAUCGUGUUGGACUGGGGCUAUAUUGGGCCUAAGGACUAGGUACCCCUUCAUCCUGGUAAUGAGACAGAUCACUCACCUUGUAGGCUCCCUAUGCCUAUUUUCUCAAUUAAAAAAUAUCAAUGUA